CAAAAAAAAGUGCGAAGUGACCGGUGGCGGCGCGCAGUACGGUACGAGCUGUGUGUGUCUGCCCUCGUCGUUCAGUGCUACUGUGUAGAUUUCUGUUUUCUUGUAGUUGUUAGCUAGGUAUUUGGUGAUCAUGGUGGUUAAGAAAUCACAAGGAGGAAACAAGACCUCACGUGGAGCACAGAAACAUGUACCUACACCCAAGAAGAACGUAGCUGAAGAUGAUCUUGAACUGGACGAAGAUGAUGACGAGGACUUGGAAUUCGAGGACGACUCGGAAUUAGACGAAGCGGACGAGGAGUUGGAUGAUGAUGAAGGAUCAGUCGAGCAGGAGCUCGGUGAAGGUGUGAACGAAGAGGAGGAACAAAUAGCACCCUCACCGAAAGGCCAGCGAGAAAUGCCACAAAAGACUCCAACCAAGCGAAAGGCUGAAGAAAGCGCGACUUCUCCAGCUAAGCGUGCUCGAUUAGAAGAUUACAUUCCAGCAGAGCAGGUCUUUGACUACAGAGAGCGUGACAAGCGUACCCUCUGCCUCACAAACUUUCACGAGUCUGUUAAGUUCGAGGAAGUCGAGAAGCUUUGCAAAGGAGCUGUCAACGUACAUGGACGAAAAAAGUCUCCAUUGUCGGCCGUGUUUGCAGUAUAUCAAACACCUGAAGACGCUCGGGCUGCGAUUGGGGCCCUCGAGAAAACAAAGCUGUACGGUACAGCUCUCAAGGCCGAAUUCCGUGUUGAUGUGGACAAAAAUGAAGGACUCCUGUUCCGUGAGAAUAUCAUUGAUGUGCGCAAUUUUCCAAAGGGCUUCAAAAGGGACCAAGUGGGGCCUCUCUUUCCCGGCGCGAGAAUAAUGAAAUGGCUCGGCAGGUUUGCAAGGCUGAGCUUCAAAAAUCGGAAAGCCCUCGUGAAUGCCAUCAAGAAUCCCAAAUGCCAUAUGGUAGGAGACACGAAGCUUCAGUUUAGUUACGGUUUUGUGAGGGUUAAAAAAAUAAAGGACGCUGAGGCCGAGGAUGAGAAAGUACCCGAUAUUCCUAAAGUCAAAAGCAGUCAGACUACCCCAGCUGGCAAAAGACCUAAGAGACAGAGAAAACCGAAGGCCAAAACGCCUGGAAAGGAAGCGUCUGUGACCAAGGCACCGAGCACUUCUCCCACAGGGAAAAAGGUACCCACCACCCCAGCAGGGAAAAAGGUACCCACCACCCCCGCAGGAAAAAAGGCACCCACCACCCCUGCAGGAAAAAAGGUACCCACCACUCCCUCAGGGAAAAAGGUCCCCACCACUCCAGGGGGAAAAGCGGUGCCUGCUACACCUGUAGGCAAGGGACGGAAAAGCCCAAAGGCGAAAACACCUGAGAAGCGAGGACCUGCCACCAAGACUCCAAGUCCAAGUAAAUCCCCGAAGACAUUCAAGAACGUCAGUCCAGCCAAGAGUCCCCUGCCAAAGCAGAAGUUUCAGACUCCAAAGCAGUCUCCCAAGGGAACACCAAAAGGGGGGAAAAGCACUGGGAAGAAGCAAAAGGCUUGAGUCACGUCUGCCGUUCCCACAUGUACCACAUGUUUUUAUCAUGCAUCCACCCAUCCCCACAUUGACUGUCGGGCCGACUGGACAUUUUACGGUGUGCCAUAUGUCCCAUUUGUCUGUGAAUAAAUUUGUUGCCCUUUCUAUUAUUUUA